AUGAAAUGUUGUCAAGCAACAUUUGACAUUGUCGCAGUAACUGCUGAUAAUGAACCCACUUUAGUGAAAAGACAAUUUCAAAUGAGUAUAGAAGAGGCUUUGAAUAGAAUAGUUGCACAAAAUGAAGACAGUCAACCUUUGCUGAGUACAUCACAGUUAACAGAACUUAUAGGCAGAGAUGGAAAUACAGGAUAUCAAGGACCAGUGCUACAAGAAUUCACGAAUAUUGCUAAAUCAAUCACUAGAUAUCGACCUAGGAAUUCUUCAAUUCGGAAUGAUCAAAAUGUGUGGAUGAAGGUCAUUAAAUUUGACUUAAGGCAUAGGAAUUGUAAUAUAUCCGUCUAUUUUUAUAAAAUUCAUCGUCAAGUGUCUUGUGAACUCGUGGUGCGUAGUUCCAUUAAUCCACUACACAAACACAUCAUUGGCUUUUCAGUGAAUGGUAAUUAA